CCGCAAUACACACACACUUCGGAGGCUUCCGCUGAAGAGAAGCAGCUUGGAGGUAAUGGCUGUCGUAAAAGCUAGUUAUUUUCGGAGGUUUCUGGAGACUUUGAAGUAAAGCCUACGUUAAUAUCAGAGAUGCGCAUGACCUUGAAAAUCUGCAUGUGAUGCCAGUUGAGCCCCAGAAAGGCAGUGUGACCAUAGAAGCGUCGAACAGGAAGAAAGCUCUGCUGGACAAGCAGUUGGAGUGAGAAUCAAAACAACCAGACACAGGGCCGGACCUUCCACGAUCCACGUGACACUGGGUAAGGCUCUUCCCAUUGCAUGUUAAAAACAUGUUGAGAACUUGGGGGAUAAUUCAUUUUGCUUCCUUCUGUGGAGCCAUAGCAUUUUAAAUUAAAAGCCACACUUCCUAUUAAAAUCAUGUUAGAUUGAGAAUUUGAUGUACAAUUCAUUUUGCUGCUUGUUCUGCAGUCAUAAGGUUUUUUAAUUAAAAGUCAUAGCUUCUGUUUAGUGGUGGUGGGGACCUCACGUAUUAAACCAUUCUGAAGAAAUCGCGCAAGAGGCUAUUCGUUCAGGUGUCUACCUGAGGUUCCAGCCAAUGGCUGACUCUCCAGUCCUUGAUAGCUUUGCUAGGUUGUCAUCACCACAUACUAGAUAACAUAGUUACAAAGAUUUCUUAAGACCUUCUUAAGGUCUUACGACCUUUCUUACAUAGAUAUCUGUAUACUCCCUGCAUAAUAUUUUGUAGUGGUUUAGCACAUUUAAAUCUUUGCCAACAACCAUCACAAAUCUCUGACUCCUAAAGUGGUGCUCUUAAUGAGGUUAUUGGUGCUGAAUCCCACUAUCAGUGUCCAUGAGAUUUUGAGUUGCUUUGGACAGGCAGGGAAGCACUAGCAACUUAGAAAACCUUAAAGCCCAGCAUUCCUUCAUGAUAACCUAGGGGAAUCCACAAGACCCAAAUUAUCCAGGAAGACAAAUUAUGUCCCCGACACCAUCAAAGUCCUCCCACACACAUUCCCUUCCUAUAGUACAAUAGAAAUGGUAAAGAUAGGAUAUUGGGUUUGUGUUAUCAUGAUACUUUUUUGUUUUUGUUCACCUCCCCUAAAAUGUGUUCCAUGUCUCUGAACUCCUCCGUCUGAUACUCAUGACUUAUUCUUCUGAUUUGUAUCUUGUCUCCAUUCUCAUUGACCACGUUCUUUCUGCUUAGCAAAGUAAACUUCUUAUCUGAUCCCCUUUCUUUUUUGCCAUGUUUUAAUCUAAUCCGGUUGUCACCCCUGAAAACACUUUAUUCAAGCUAUUUUGUGAAGUUUCAGAAGUUAAGAAGAGGCAACAACAGGCAAGAACCAUUUACUAGCCAUGACACAGGAGAGUUAAGGGUUCUUCAAAAACACUGCUUUUCUAGAAAACUAGGCAGCUAAAACCAGACCAGUGACCUAAGGAUUUUUCCAGCAUAUUGUGUAUCUGUGGAUGAUUUCUUGUCUAUAUCCAGAUGCACUAAUUGAGCAUAUGCAAAUUCAGUUUCUCUCUCAUUUAAUUAGGACUCCCCCACCCCUUUUCCAUCUUUCCUGUCUCAUCUAUCUACUACUGCACACUUAGGCAAAUACUAAACUCUUUUUUAUUAUUGUACUAGUGAAUACGGUUUAAUAUUUAGACAACGUAGGUUAAUAGCAGAAUGACUCAUGUGACUCAUGUCGUACAUGACUCAUGCAUCUUUCUUAACUAUAUUUUCUAGUAUGGGGAGAUGACAACUUAGCAUAAUUGUCAAGGAUUUGAAAGUUUACUCUCCACUGAGCUAAUAAAGGUCUCAAACUCACGACUAUCUCCCUGCCUUUUUGAACACUUCAAAAACAUAACUCUGUCGUAAUGCAUCCGUGACAAAUUCUUAAAGGCUAGACAUUGGGUUAUGCAAACAGAAAUCCCUAUCUCCUGACCAAAGAACCUUUGAUGUUCUUUAUUCAGAUUGGUUAUGGGAAUAAUUUUGACCCAGCCUGAUCCUUCUGUUAUGUGUCUCUGGAUGGCUUCGUCUUUCUUUAGAGUCCCCAAGCAGACCAUUUCCUUUCUCUUCGUUUGUUGAUUAUGGGAAGAGCAGUGUCAUACCACAGCUCUGUUUCUCUAUCCUGAAUAGUCAGAGGUGGCAAAAGACAGGAGUCAUGUUUACUCAUUCACUGUGGUAAUGGAUGAAGUUGUGAGCACCUCAUCAACUUUACAUACGUUUUAUAAUUUUUGUUUUUAAACCUAGCAUAACAUUGUCUUAAGAGAACUAAUCCUGAGGAUGAUCCAUUUGCAGUGUGUAAGCUUUGGCACUUCCUGGGAAACCACACCUCGAAGUGAAAAGCAACAAAAAUCUAAAUUUAAAUUUGAACUUCUUGGAUAUUUUGUGAACAAAAAAGCUCAAUAAAAGAGGAUAGAAAAAUGAUUUUCCCAUAUUGAAUUAGCAAUUGCAAAUAAUAAAUGCACAAGAACAGGAGUUGCCAAUUGUAAAUGAGGAUGAAAUGAAAUAGACGUUUCUCUGUAUAACAAAUGAGUUUCAGCCCCUGUCCAGGAAUAGCUGUAUCUGAAAGGGAACGUACUGCCAGGCCCUGCAACAUAAAGGAGACAUGUCAUAACUGCUCUAUGGCCGAGUGAAGCUAUCGUGCAGAUGUGGUCAGUGCAAAAGCAUAGUGCAGAAAAAUAUGUUUUCAUUUGUUGGGAAUGUGGGUGCACGUAAAAGGUGGAGAGUUCAUAGAUAAGUACGGCAGCUCCUAAAGAUGACUUCUUUGUAAGUCAAAUUAGGUAGAAAAAUUAAAUUUCAUUUCUGUUUAUGUUUGCAUCUCUGAUUUUUAGGUAAGCUGAGUAUCUUUUAUGUAUUGGUCAGUUUUAAUUUUUAUUUUGAACAUUUGGAUUUUGAGGAGCCCCAGUGAAUAACACUUUCCUUUCUCUACUGAACAAAUUGAACAAAUUGAUAUCAAACGAUUGAAGUUGCAAAUGGAAGCCAAAAUGUCAGCUUUUGUACAAAGGGAAUGUAAGUUGCAGGGCAUUGAUUAUUGUGAGAGUCAAAUCGGCCUUAUAACACCAAAUCUAACAGCCUAGAGGCUUGCAACUGUACAAAAAGGACAGAGAUACCUGUAGUUGCACUACAUAAGCUUGCUCACAGGGAAGUAAAUAUCGGGAGCGGGGAAGAAUUAUUCAAGCUGAACAUUGUGAAUUGCCUGUUUAUGUCCUUUGCUCAUUUGUUUUCACUUUGCUGUUUAUCUCUUAUUAAUUUGUAAGAGUUACUUUAGAGAUGUUUUUUAGUUGAAAACAUUUUUGUCAGGUUCGUUCUUCCGUUUUCAACUUUGGUUUAUUGUGUUUUUAUCAUAGUCUUUUUUUUUUCAAUUUCAGUAUAUCCAGACGCGUAUCUUUUUUCUUUAAGGAUUUCAGUUGAUGUUUUAUGUUUAAAAAUGACUUUAUUUGAAAAAACUAUGAAACGUUCUGAAGGGUGAAUGAGACAACCUGGGUAAAUAGAGACACAUAUCAUGUCCCAGGGCCAGAAGAAUUAAAAUUUUAGAGAUUUAAUUCUCCACAAAAUACAGUAUUAAUAUGCUGCAAUCACAAACAAGGAUCUAGCGGGUCUUGUUAAUGCACAUUUACCAACUGGGUCUUAAAAUCUUUUGUAGAAAUAAUGUGCCAGAAGAAACAAGAAAAAUAUGUAAGAGAUAUUUUUAACUGAAUCUUAAUUAUAUGAUAAAGCGAUUUGCUGCUGCUUUUUAGAUAAUCACCUACCCCUGUGGUUUGAAUGGAAAUUAAAGAGACACAUGUUGCCAUUUCUCUUUCAAGUCUUUUAAAAAUGGACGUUUUUCCCCUUUAAGUGAAUUAGAGUUAACUUGGCUAUUCUCCUCCCUCUAAUUGAGGGAAAGGCCCCCUGCUUUCCCCAUCACAGGGAGAGGGCGGAGCAUUCUCUGAGAAGCUUGGAUGUGAGCUGUGCCUGCCCAGUCUUGGGGGAGGGGCUGCAUUUCAUGAGGCUGCAGCUGACAAGAAGCUUCAAGCCUAAAUUAAUGUCAGAGAUGCACAUGACCUUGAGAAUCUGCAUGUGAUGCCACUUGAGCCCCAGAAAGGCAGGGCCAUCACAGAAGUGCUGAGCAGGGAGAAAGCUCUGCGGGACAAGCAGUUGGAGUGAGAAUCAAGACAACUGGAAUACAGGGCCAGACCCUCCACAAGCCACGUGCCAUUGGAGAGGGGGUGGAGCAUUCUCUGAGAAGCUUGCAAGUGAGCUGUGCCUGGCCGGUCUUGGGGGAGGAGCUGCAUUUCACCAGGCUGCAGCUGACAAGAAGCUUCAAGCCUGUCUCCUUUUGGAGUGAGAAUCAAGACAACCGGAUCACAGGACCAGACCCUCCAUGAUCCACGUGACAUUGGUAUCUUCCAUAUUGUCCCAUUCAAACAACGUGUUCAAGCAUCCUUGGGAAAUUGAGCUGGAGGAGAACAGGCCACACAAGGUGUAAACGUUUUUUAGUUCUAAGACUAAAAGAGACUUUGGUAAGAGUAUUGUUUUUGGUAGGAACUGCCUUCGCAGUGACAAGAAUAGCCAGAUACCUCAAUCUCUGAUAAUAACUUCUUGGCAUACAAAUCUAAAUCAUAAUGGAUGCCGAGUAUGUCCUGUGCAAUUGGAAAGACCAAUUAUGGCCAGCAAAAGUUUUGUCCAGAUCUGAGACUUCAUCAAACAGUAAGAGAAAAAAGACGUUUUCCCUAGAAGUUCAAAUACUCUCCCUAGAUGAAAAAAUUCAAGUGGAAAGCACAGAAACAAAGAUCCUAAAUAAAUCUCAAAUUGAAGCCAUUGCCUCCUCACUAGCAGCACAGUCAGAGGUUGGUGCUCCACCUAGAGAGGAAACGACCUAUGAAAGGUCACUAAAAGUGGCACUGGAUGUUCUGAAUGAGAGAACAAAUUUGAGUGAAGCAAGCAGUUCAGAUGAAGAAGAGACCACUACACUGUCUGAAAAUGUACAAGAAAAGCUUUCCAAUUCACCCCCUCGUAAAAAAUAUCGGAAGCAUGAAGGAGACUUACUGAAGCGUCUUGAGGAAAGUGAAAAUCCAACCUCUCUGUUAGUAUCUUCAGACAAUGAUGAUUUCCUGCAAGAGGAUAAAUCACAUGCACAUGCCACCAUUGAUACUAUUCCGAGUGAAAUGGAAACAAAGUCAUCACAGAACUCCAGCUGGUACCAAACUUUCCCCUCACUUUCAGAAGAUGAUGAUGAAAAGGAGAACAAGAAAAAGAUUGACAUCUCAACAGUUACGUCUUUGCAUUCCACAAUCAAAGAGGAGUGUGCAUGUGUUAAAGACGAAAAGUUCACUCCAACUUUGCCAUCAGAUAUCUUCACUGUGCCCAAAGAAUUGAAAGGGGAGACACAAGUAAUCUGCCCAGAGACUAUAGCUACUUCCUCUGAAUGCCCUACCGUCUCAGAGAAUAUUGAAGAUCCUGGAGAGGGUCCCUCGAAUCCAUGCUCAGAUACCAGCCAGAAUCAACCUAUUGUGGAAUCAGAGACAGGUGCUGUGGCAUCCCCCGGACCUUGUUCACUGGAAUGUCAGGUUUCACUUAGUGCCUCUAAUCGUGUCCUGGAUUAUUCAGUCCUUCUUGUGGAUAAUGAAAGAAAUCUUCAGAGAUUGGAUUUUGAGGAACUUGGGGAAGAACCUCAAGCUUCUGACAAGUCAGUGCAUCUAAAUCCUAUUGAUGCUUCUGUAUUUGAUGACAGUGAGGAAGAUGAAGAGCUUCCACGCUUUGUUUUUCAUUAUGAGCCACGUUCAUUUGAAACGGGAAUGAUAGUCUGGUUUAAAUAUCAGAAAUAUCCAUUUUGGCCAGCAGUGGUAAAAAGCAUCAGGCGAAAAGAGAAAAAAGCAAGUGUGCUUUUUGUUGAGGCAAACAUGAAUCCUGAAAAGAGAGGCAUUAGAGUGCCUUUUAGAAGAUUAAAGAAAUUUGAUUGUAAAGAGAAACAAGCACUAGUGGAUAAAGCCAGGGAGGAUUACAGCGAAAGUAUUGACUGGUGCAUCUCGCUCAUUUGUGACUACAGAGUUAGAAUAGGUUGUGGUUCUUUUUCAGGCUCUUUCCUUGAGUAUUAUGCUGCUGACAUUAGUUAUCCAAUUAGGAAAGUACUCAAACAGGAUACCUUCAGGAACUUAUUUCCAAAGCUACAUAAUGAAGAUUCUAUGGAAUCAAUGGUUGUGACUUCCCAGACCAAGAAAAUGUCCUUCCAGAAAAUUCUCCCUGACCGAAUGAAGGCUGCUCGGGACCGAGCCAACAAGAACCUAGUGGACUUCAUUGUGAAUGCCAGGGGAACAGAGAACCAUCUUCUAGCAAUUUUAAAAGGCACAAAAGGCUCCAGGUGGCUGAAAGCAUUUUUGAAUGCAAAUAGGUUCACGCCCUGUAUUGAAACCUACUUUGAGGAUGAAGAUCAGUUGGAUGAGGUGGUGAAAUAUUUACAAGAAAUCUACAAACAAAUAGACGAAAGAAUGCUGGCUCUGAUAAGAGACGAUAAAAUUAAAUUUAUCCUAGAAGUGCUUCUGCCAGAAGCAAUCAUUUGUUCAAUUUCUGCUGUUGAUGGAUUAGAUUACGAGGCAGCUGAAGCAAAGUAUCUAAAAGGACCAUCUCUAGGAUACAGAGAAAGAGAAUUAUUUGAUGCAAAAAUCAUAUCGGAAAAGAGACGGAAACCAUUAACAAGUGAAGCUCAUUGAAUCUCCUGAAAGUCCGAACCAUAACAGGGAGCUUUCGUAGAUACUAGUUUUGAAAAAUCGCUGAACGUUUCUGUCUUAAUACGUAUUUUCCAGAAAUGUGAGACUUCAGGUAAUAUGUUCACUUUUUUUUGCAAUCUCUAACAUCUGUAUUACUACGUCUUCAUUUCCUUUGCUUAUGCUUCUUCAAAGUCAAUUUUAUUAACAUAUUUCAGCAGUUCUGCUUUCCCGUACAUCUGUAGAAUGCAUAGUUCCUAAAUGAGUCUUAAGGGAAAGUACUAUUUUGUUUUUUGACAUUUUUGUGUCUAUGCUGUAUAGUUAAAUAGAGUGUGCACAAUCAUUUUAAUAUUAAAAUUGCACUGGUAUUAGAUAUUAAGCAAGAUAAUUAGAAAAAAGUCUAAAAAAUGUCAAUUAUAUUUUUUUGCUUAAUUUUUAUAAAAUAUUGGGUUUUCUCUUAAGAUAGUUGAAUUAUUUUUCCUGCCAUGCCUAUUUAUUUUUGGAAAAAAUAUUUCUGAGACAUAGAACCAAAGAUAGAGAUGCUUUGCUAUAUAUUAUAGCUAACUGCAGUUGCUUUUGCAAAAAAAAAACCCUGGAAUUCAAAAAUAAAGUAAAUGGAUUGCCUGCAUGCAAUCUAUAUGUAUGCGAAUAACAUCUCAGCAUGCAGAAAAUAAUUUUGGCAGCAUUGAACAGGAUUGUUCAUUCUAUGCUCCCCUGAAAUUCCACUUAUGGGAGUGUCUAUUAUUCAAUAGCUGAAUGGUUUCUUAGAACAGACAGACUUUUGGCUGUCUUCAUAACUAAGAGUGACUGUAUCUUAAUAUAGCCGUCUGACCACAUAUGGAAGGCAGCUAGAGUUAUUGUAUUCAAGGUCUGGCUACUCUAGAUAUGAGUUCAGGCUGACUGUUUAAGAGUCCAUCUUGUUUGAUAUAAACUGUAGAAAAUGCAAGCACUUUGUUUUGAGUCUUGUAUCUCCAAAUACAUAGUUAUUUGUUUCAAACCAAGCAAUCUUUAUCAUCUGGCUUAUUUGUAAAAUAGUUCCAGUUAGUUCCAAUAAUACAAGUGCCAACUGGUAAGUCAUUCCAGGCUACUAGAAAGUAUGGAUGGACCAGAAUCUGUGAAUUUGGAAAUGGGCCACAGAAAAAGCCUCCAUCUGGCCAGAUAUGACAGUUAUCCAAAUGUGUUUAAAAAUACACAAUUAAAACUUAAAGUCUGAAGCAAAAAAAUUGUUUAUUCUAACUUGAAACAAGACUUUAGUGAGAAUAAAUGUUAGGAGAGCUACUUUAUUUUAAAAACUUGACAUAAAAAUAAAUGAUAAAUGCUUAACAUGCACCUGUCUGCAUUUUUACUCUUAAGAGUGAGACAACUAUCACUCUCGGGCUUUUGUUAUGUGUUCACGUGGCUACAUGUUUAUGUAAAAUUUUCAAAAGUUCAACGUUUUGAUUUUUCUUUUGCCUUGGAUGUUCACUUCAUCAUACUUCACACUGUGCAGCUACAUAAGUGCUGUUUCUGUAGAUUUAUGUGUGUGUGUGUGUGUAUACACAUACAUAUAUAUAUAAUUUGCUCAGAAUUUUUGCUUGUUGUAGUUGUCAU